AUGGCUCGGUAUACUACGAGAGAUGACUCUAUGAAAUUGGAGAGUCCUGACUCUCCCACUUUCGAUGCUUCAGCCACCAUCGGAACUUUUGUUAAAGAGGCUUCUGAACAAGGUAUUCAUCUUCGUAAAGCUGGUGUAACUAUGGAAAAUAUCUCAGCUGAAGGCCUUGAUUCUACGUUCUUAGAGGGGAAAACCUUUGGUGAUAUUUUGUGUUUACCGUGGACAAUAAUCAAAGGUAUCCGUGAAAGUAGAAAGCAUCAUAAGAUGAGAACUAUUUUAACGAAUGUUAGUUUGUUGGCCAAACCGGGAGAGAUGGUCCUUGUCCUGGGUAGACCAGGUGCUGGGUGCUCUUCGCUCUUGAAAUGUGCUGCUGGGGAGACUAGUCAGUUUGCAGGAGGUGUAACGGGUGAUAUAUCGUACGAUGGUAUCCCUCAAGAGGAAAUGAUGAAAUGUUAUAAAUCAGACGUGAUUUAUAAUGGUGAGUUAGAUGUUCAUUUCCCAUACCUAACGGUAAAACAAACUCUAGAUUUUGCUAUUGCCUGUAAGAUGCCUUCAAAGAGGGUUAAUGAUGUCACUAAGGCUGAAUAUAUCGCUACCAAUAGAGAUUUCUAUGCCACAAUGUUUGGCUUGACCCAUACCUAUGAUACAAGGGUCGGUAAUGACUUCGUCAGCGGUGUUUCCGGUGGGGAACGCAAACGUGUUUCCAUUGCCGAAGCAUUAGCAGCGAGAGGUUCAAUAUACUGCUGGGAUAACGCCACAAGAGGUCUCGACGCCUCUACCGCUCUGGAGUAUGCUCAAGCUAUUCGUGUGAGUACAGACUUGUUGCGGUCGACAGCUCUGAUUACACUUUACCAAGCAAGCGAAAAUAUAUAUGAAACUUUUGAUAAAGUUACUGUCUUAUAUGCUGGUAGACAAGUGUUCUACGGUAAAGUUUUUGAAGCUAAGAAUUAUUUUGAAACAAUGGGUUACUUGUGUCCUCCAAGACAAUCUACCGCCGAAUAUUUGACAGCUCUUACCGAUCCUAAUGGCCUGCACAAUAUACGACCUGGCUAUGAGGACCAAAUACCACGUACUGCCGAUGAAUUUGAAAAAUACUGGCUCGCUUCCUCAGAGUGUGUCAGUUUACAACGUGAAAUUCAAGAGUAUAAACAGGAAGUAGAUACCGAAAAGACUAAAGCAAUUUACAACGUGUCUAUGGAACAAGAGAAAUCAAGAGGAGCGAGAAAAUCCUCAUACUAUACAAUCUCUUACUGGGAACAAGUCAAACUUUGCACUGUUAGGGGUUUUCAAAGAAUAUACGGUAAUAAAUCAUACACCGUGAUCAACACAUGCGCUGCCAUAGCACAAUCGUUUAUCACAGGAUCACUAUUUUACCAGUCAUCUCCUUCCACCUUAGGCGCCUUUUCUAGAAGUGGUGUUCUGUUUUUUUCUCUACUAUAUUACUCUCUGAUGGGUCUAGCCAGUAUUAGUUUCGACCACAGAUUAAUUUUAAAGAAACACAAGGUUUAUUCUUUAUAUCAUCCAUCAGCAGAGGCAUUAGCAAGCACGAUUUCAACUUUCCCAUUUAGGAUGAUUGGUUUGACCUUCUUCAUAAUUAUCCUUUAUUUCUUGGCAGGUUUACACACGAGUGCCGGAAGUUUUUUUAUGAUUUAUUUGUUUUUGAGUAUGUGUUCAGAAGCUAUAACAGGCUUGUUUCAAAUGAUUUCGUCCCUAUGUGAUUCGUUGGCACAGGCCAACUCUAUUGCUGGUAUUCUGAUGUUGUCUAUUGCCAUGUAUUCAACGUACAUGAUACAAUUGCCCUCGAUGCAUCCAUGGUUCAAAUGGAUCUCAUACGUUUUACCCAUUAGAUAUGCAUUUGAGUCAAUGCUGAAUGCAGAAUUCCACGGCAGGCGUAUGGAUUGUGGCGGCACCUUAAUUCCUUCAGGUCCCGGUUUUGAAAAUGUCUCGCCUAAUAACCAGGUGUGUGCAUUUGUUGGUUCUAGGCCUGGCCAGACCUGGGUACUAGGUGAUGAUUAUUUGAAAGAUCAAUAUGAAUAUGAGUACAAAAACACCUGGAGAAACUUUGGUAUUAUGUGGUGUUUUUUGAUCGGCUACAUCAUCUUGAAAGCUCUUUUUACUGAAUUCAAAAAUCCUGUUAAAGGGGGUGGUGAUGCUCUGGUUUUCAAGAAGGGCACAAAUAUUGGUGUUCAUGAAUUAUCCAGGGGUGGUGAAAAAGAUGAAGAAAAUCUAAAUUUGUCUUUAACAGCACAGGAUUUAAAGGAUAUGGUUUCAAGUAGCGGCGCUAACAAACAUACACACGCUGAGUUUGAUGGUUUGGCCGCUACAGGCGUGUUUAUUUGGAAAGAUGUCUGUUUGACAAUCAAGUAUAAUAACGGAGAACGUAUGCUUUUGGAUAACGUAAGCGGUUAUUGCGUCCCCGGCACGUUAACUGCAUUGAUAGGUGAAUCUGGUGCUGGUAAAACUACAUUACUAAACACUUUGGCCCAAAGGAAUGUGGGAAUAAUCACUGGUGAUAUUUUGGUUAAUGGUCUUCCGAUUAACGCAAGUUUUGAAAGGCGUACUGGUUAUGUUCAACAGCAGGACCUUCAUAUCGCAGAACUUACCGUCAAAGAGUCACUGCAAUUCAGUGCCCGUAUGCGUCGUUCACAAUCUGUUACUGACACUGAAAAGAUGGAGUAUGUCGAAAAGAUUAUGGACAUCCUUGAAAUGCAAGGGUUUUCUGAAGCUCUUGUAGGCGAAACCGGUUACGGUUUGAACGUUGAACAGAGAAAGAAGCUGUCAAUUGGUGUUGAACUGGUUGGUAAACCAGACCUAUUGUUAUUUUUGGAUGAACCAACUUCUGGUUUGGAUUCACAGUCUGCAUGGGCUAUUGUCAAGAUGUUGAAAAGAUUAGCACUAGCAGGUCAAUCGAUUCUGUGUACUAUACAUCAACCCUCAGCUACUCUGUUUGAGCAGUUUGAUAGACUAUUACUAUUACGAAAAGGUGGUCAAACAGUCUAUUUUGGUGAUAUAGGUAAAAAUUCAAAUGUAGUACUGGAAUAUUUUGAAAGGAACGGUGCUAGAAAGUGCCAGAAAAGUGAAAACCCAGCUGAGUAUAUUUUAGAAGCCAUUGGCGCCGGGGCUACAGCAUCUGUUCAAGAGAAUUGGCACGAUAUAUGGAAGACAUCACCCGAGAUUGCAAAGGUGGAUGAAAAAGUUAGCACUAUGAUUAAGGAUUUGUCUUCUACGUCUCAAGACAUAGACAAAAACCCUUCCAAGUAUGCAACAUCGUACACUUAUCAAUUCAAGCGUGUCUUGGCCAGGUCUAGUUUGACGUUUUGGAGGAACCUAAACUACAUUAUGGCAAAAAUGAUGCUGUUGAUGGUAAGUGGUCUGUUCAUUGGUUUCACCUUUUUCCAUGUGGGAAAUAGUUACAUUGGCUUGCAAAAUACUAUGUUUGCGUGUUUUAUGGCUAUUGUUAUAUCUGCUCCUGCAACUAACCAAAUUCAAGAUCGCGCCACUGCUGCCAAGGAACUAUAUGAAGUUCGUGAGUCUAAAUCCAACAUGUUUCAUUGGUCUUUACUAUUGAUCACUCAGUAUUUAAACGAACUGCCUUACCACUUAUUAUUUUCAACAAUUUUUUUUGUUUCGUUCUAUUUCCCCUUAGGAAUCUUUUUCGAGGUGUCUAGGUCUGGUAUUGUAUACCUAAACUAUGCGAUAAUCUUCCAACUUUACUAUGUCGGUCUUGCUUUAAUGAUUUUGUACGCGUCUCCAAACCUGCAAUCUGCUAAUGUGAUCGUUGGAUUCCUUUUAUCAUUUUUGCUCUCUUUCUGUGGCGUCGUUCAGCCUGCCUUUUUAAUGCCUGGGUUCUGGACGUUUAUGUGGAAAUUGUCUCCUUACACAUACUUUUUACAAAAUUUCGUUGGUUUAAUGAUGCAUGAGAAACCUGUUAAGUGUUCAGAGAAAGAGCUAUCUGUGUUCAACCCUCCGACAGGUCAAACAUGUGGUGAAUUUACGAAACCAUUUUUCAAAUUUGGAACUGGGUAUAUUGCCAACCCAGAUGCUACCUCCGAUUGUGCAUACUGUGUUUAUAAAGUUGGUGAUGAAUACCUAACACAUCUUGAGACUACCUAUAACCACUUAUGGAGAAACUUUGGUUUCAUAUGGGCUUACAUUAUCUUUAAUAUUUUUGGUAUGAUAGUAGUUUAUUAUGUGGUUCAAGUAAAACAAUUCUCCCCUAUGAAGAUCGGUAUUGUGAAAAAUCUAACAGAGAGAUUUAAGAGAGAGAGAGAGAAUAAUUAA